CUGAGAUGGAUCCCUCCUCAGAAGACCCCCACCUCUGCUGGGCCACCCGUCUCCUGGGACUCACCAGCCUCCUCCUCCUCAGCAUCUGCAGCACAGUGGCCCGGAAUUCUGGACCACAUGAUUCUGAAGCUCAGGAUUCUGGAUUUGUUCCCAUGUAUGGGAUACGAGGAGAUUCUGUGUUUUUUCAUGUGAUCAAGGAGCAAGAAGCUGACCCAGAGGAGGUCUCAUGGGGCUUUGGUCCUGAGUCAAACUACAGAGUCCUGCUGCGAGUCCGCCGUGGGGCAGAAACCCCAACCUGGGUCAGCCUCCAGGACAAGUACCAGCAGAGGGUCCACGUACCCAACGUGAGUUCUCUGAAGAUUGAGAGCCUGACCUCUGAGGACAGUGGGCAGUACCGGGCUCGAGCCAGCUUCACUGGAGGAAUAGAAUUUACCAAGGUUUUCCACCUCACUGUCGGUGAGCCCGUGAUCAUUCCUGAGAUCCUGGUCAAGUCAUCAUCCAUCACACCAGGCUGGUGCAAUAUCACCCUGGAGUGUAAAGCCCCAGGAAACAGAGAAGACCUGAGUGUGACCUGGGAAAGCAAGGGCCUUCCCAGGGAGCUGGAGUGGAGUGGGACACCGGAACUAGCCCCCAACGCCUGGAAACUGACUGUGAACAAGUCCCUGAUUCAGUCCAGUGCCAAUUUCAUCUGUGUGGUCCAGAACCAUGUGGAGAAGAAAACUGCCUCUGUAGACUUUGCACAAGUCUGCUCCCACGGUUCACACAGACAGAUGAUGGCUGACUCCCUUGGAGGCAUCCUAUGGACCAUCGUGGUUGUGCUAUUCUUCCUGGGAACUUGACUGUGCUUUUGGAAAAUGUAUAAGAGGGAAAGGAACAUGGAUACUGGAAGAGGCAAGUUGCACUUCUUUUUUCUCCUCAGAUAACUCCUCUCUUCCACUGAAACCCUUUCUUAUUCACUUUGCUGCUCAGAGAUUUUCCCCUGCAAAAUGGCUGGUGGAUGUGAUAAUGACAUUGGUGUCAUAAUCACGGAAUUGGGCACAGGGUUUUGAGACUGAGAUUCAAGCUCCACUCUGUGUAUAUGUGUGACUCAGGAGAAGCAUUGCAGGAGGACUAGAGGAACCAUGAUGAUGGCAACGGGACAGAGCAGAGUUAAGAAGAGCAUCAAGAAGGCAUGGAGAUUAAUCCUUGGGAGGGGGGAUCGGGAUGGGGAAUACGUGUAACUCUAUGGCUGAUUCAUAUCAAUGUAUGACAAAACCCACUGAAAUGUUGUGAAGUA